GACGACGACUCGAGCAGCCCCGCUUAUGCUUGCUAGCGGUCGGCGACUGCACUCAAUCGCUCGCCAAAUCCGAUUGGCAUCUCGUCACAAUCUUCAGACUAGCCGUACUGCGACACUCGUCAGCACGCGCGCUAUCAGGAGCUCUGCGAAUUUUUGGCGCGAAAAGCAGCUCAGGUCGACUCUUCAUCCCAUCGUUCAAGAGGCAGUCAGCAGAGACACUCGCGGUAUGGCGCCCAACGCUUCCGACAGUGGCGGUGCCAAGAUCAUAGAUGGCACAGCGCUCGCAAAAUCUAUACGAGAGGACAUCGCCAAGCGCAUUGCAGAGAUUAGGCAGACUUACCCUCGCUUUGCGCCUGGCUUGGCCAUCAUACAGCAGGGCGAUCGACCUGACUCAUCGACGUACGUUCGCAUGAAAGAGAAAGCCGCGCAAGAGGCCGGUAUCGCAUUCCAGCAUCAGAUCUUGCCAGACGAAGCUACCACGACAGAGGAGGACGUAAUCAAAGCGGUUGAGCGACUCAAUGCUACCGAGAACAUCCAUGGCUUGCUCGUUCAGCUUCCGCUUAGCGAAAACAUCGGACGCGACGGAGAGCGACGCAUCACAGAGGCAGUCAGCCCCAACAAGGAUGUCGACGGCUUUCAUGCCUACAACAUUGGACUGCUCUCAUCACGCGCCUCCGAGCCACUGUUUCCUCCCUGCACACCAGCCGGCGUCAUGCUCUUGCUCGAAUCUACCGGUGUCAAGCUCGCCGGUCUUCACGCUGUCGUACUGGGCCGCAGCGACAUUGUCGGCUCGCCCGUUUGCGCGCUACUGCGUCGCAAAGAUGUUACGGUUACGCAGUGUCAUUCUCAGACGAAGAACUUGCAAGGUCUAGUCCAGCAAGCUGACAUUGUCGUCGCUGCAAUCGGCAAGCCUCACUUCGUCAAGGGCGAAUGGCUUAAGCCGGGCGCGAUCGUCAUCGACGUCGGUACCAACUUUGUCAAAGAUGAUUCCAAGAAAUCGGGUCAGCGUCUCGUCGGCGAUGUCGACUUUGAGUCGGCGAGUAAAGUUGCAAGCCAUAUCACGCCUGUACCUGGCGGUGUUGGCCCUAUGACGGUCGCGGUGCUCAUGAAGAACGCGCUCACCUCUGCUGAACGCUUCCACGCGAAAUCGCUGCAACGUACGGUCAAGCCUCUUCGUCUCAAGCUGCUUGAAAAGGUUCCGAGCGAUAUCGAAAUCGCCAUGGCCCAGACGCCGAAGCCGGUCGCCACUCUGGCUGCAGAGAUUGGUGUCUCACCUUCGGAACUCGAGCUGUACGGUCAGUACAAGGCCAAGGUCGACCUGGGCAUUCUUAAGCGACUAGAGCACCGCAAGAAUGGCAAAUACAUCGUUGUUGCGGGCAUCACACCUACACCACUGGGCGAAGGCAAGUCGACGACGACCAUGGGCCUGGCGCAAGCACUCGGCGCGCAUCUCGGCAAAGUCGCCUUUGCAAACGUCCGACAGCCAAGUCAAGGGCCUACUUUCGGCAUCAAAGGCGGUGCUGCAGGCGGCGGAUAUUCCCAAGUCAUACCCAUGGAUGAAUUCAACUUACAUCUCACGGGCGACAUUCAUGCUGUCUCUGCGGCCAACAACUUGCUUGCCGCUGCGAUUGAUGCUCGAUAUUUCCAUGAGUCGACCCAAUCCGACAAAGCUCUGUUCAACCGCUUGUGUCCUGCGAAGAAGGGUGUGCGCACCUUUGCGCCCAUUAUGCUCAGACGACUCAAGAAGCUCGGCAUCGACAAGACGAAUCCCGACGAUCUCACCGAGGCAGAAGCAAGCAAAUUUGCGCGUUUGGAUAUCAAUCCGGAAUCUGUGACUUGGCACCGCGUCGUCGACACAAAUGAUCGCUAUCUGCGCGUCAUUGACACUGGUCUUGCGCCUACCGAAAAGGGCUUCACGCGCAGGACUGGAUUCGAUAUUGCCGUCGCGAGCGAGUGUAUGGCCGUUCUUGCUCUUGCCAACGAUCUGCAAGACAUGAAGGAGCGCCUCGGUCGCAUGGUCGUAGCGGAUAGCAAGUCUGGCGAACCCAUUACUGCUGACGACAUCGGCGUCACAGGCUCGCUCGCCAUCCUGAUGAAGGAUGCCAUCAAGCCAAAUCUUAUGCAGACGCUCGAAGGCACUCCCGUCUUUGUUCAUGCUGGUCCUUUUGCAAAUAUCGCACACGGCAAUUCGUCCAUUAUUGCAGACAAGGUCGCGCUAAAGCUCGCUGGUAUCGAAGAAGGAGAACCAGAGGAGAAUUAUGGCUAUGUGAUCACUGAAGCCGGCUUUGGUGCAGACAUUGGUAUGGAAAAGUUCUGCAACAUCAAGUGCAGAGUCAGCGGACUUCAUCCCAAUGCGGUCGUCAUUGUCGCGACGAUACGCGCGCUCAAGAUGCACGGCGGUGGACCCGAAGUCUCGCCCGGCAAGCCACUCUCGGAUGUGUACCUCAAUGAGAACCUGGACAUUCUGGGUGCGGGCUGUGUCAACUUGGCCAAGCACAUCAGCAACGCCCGCAAGAUGGGCGUUCGCGUGAUCGUUGCCAUCAACCGCUUCACCAAUGAUACCGAAGCAGAGAUUGCCCUCGUCAAGCAAAAGGCGCUCGAAGCAGGCGCAGAUGCUGCCGUUCCCUCGAAUCACUGGGCAGAAGGUGGCAAGGGAGCCGUCGAACUCGCCAACGCCGUCAUCGAUUCUUGCAAAGAGCCAAAUCCGUUCAAGUUCUUGUACGAGCUCGACAUACCCAUCAAGGACAAGAUCAGCGCAAUCGCCGUCGAGAUGUAUGGCGCAGAUGGCGUAUCAUACUCUGCAGAAGCAGAAAAACAAAUCGAGCAAUAUACUCAGCAAGGCUUUGCCAACUUGCCGAUCUGUAUGGCGAAGACGCAAUACUCCUUCUCGGACGAUCCGAGUAAGAAAGGCGCGCCCACAGGCUUUACGCUUCCAAUCCGUGAGAUCAAGCUCGCUGCCGGUGCCGAGUUCCUCUACCCUCUCGUGGGUACAAUGCAGACCUUGCCCGGUCUCAGCACGCGGCCUGGAUUCUUCGACCAAGACCUUACAGCCGAUGGACAGAUCAUCGGCCUCUCAUAGACAGCAGCUUUCGAGCUCUCGCAUUCAACGCACGACAAAACGCAAGCACCUGUCCUACCGGUUGCUUGCACAAUCAGCCUCAACGGCCUGUUGUAUAACGCUUUGCUUUGAUGGACGAGCCACGAGUGCAACAGUCAGCGUCA